CAUUAAACUUUCAUAUUUUUCAACAAUCUAAAUUUCUCCAUGAAUAAAACCUGUGCAAAAUAWACAAAUGUGAUUUAAAAUGCAAAAACAGGAUCAAACCGCCAAUCAAAAUAGACUGACUGCCCCMCUUCCUGAUCCACAUCAAAAUCCAUCCAGUAGUUCAAGAAAUGUUUUGCCAACAUGCAACGUUUUAAUCAGAUGUCAUGCAACCAACACAGAAUAAUAAAAAACAUUGAAUCUUAAUAACGCACAGUAUAUGUAAUGUCAACUGUCCAUACUGAACUAAGUCAUGCCAUCAGUGGGACACAAGCAGAACCUAACACUGAUUUUAAUAUAAAAUGAGAAACAUGUUUACGCUUCACAGCUCUUCUUUAUUUUAUAUUUUUAUUUAAUCUUUAUUUUUACCAGGCAAAACAAUAACUUCUUAUUUACAAUGUCAGGCUGGCGGGUACCAGACACCCAUAAGGAAAAGUUCUUACUACUAUUCUGUUCACAAUUCUGUCCCUUUUCACAAAAAUAAACCGUCCCCACACGAUGCUGCCAUCUCCGUGCUGUUAGAUGGUACAAACCUAUUUUGCUUUACCUCCAAAUAUAACAAUAUUUUUGCACAGCAUAUUGUUUUUAGACUUUCCUUGUCCGCCUCUUAUGUUUGCUGUCAGGGAGUGAGAGACACCAGUGUUUGGUUACCAUGGUGACUCCAUUUAUUUGAACUAUUUUUUCUACACUCAAGUGUAUUGUUUAUAAAGCUGAUGGGAGUGGAUUCUUUGUAAAACCAGGUUAAAUUUAUUUAGGAAUUUUUGUCUUGUGUUUUAUUUGUUUUGUUAUAUCAAAAAUACAUUAAAUGAUUAAUAAAUAAUAGGUAGUUAGGUAAACUUAAAAUGUGACAAUUGUCAGACAGAAAUUGUGCAGCUGGUUAGUUAAUAGGUUAGUUGGUUAGCUAGUUGCUUGCACUGCCUGCCACAGAGGGGGAGUCGCGAGCUCUGCUGGGAGCUACAUGGUGCUCAAUUUUUCAAGAUGUCGUCGUUGGAACAGAGGCUGUCGCGAAUCGAGGAGAAGCUAAAGCAGGAGAAUGAAGAAGCCCGCCGGAGAAUCGACCUCAGCAUCGACAUGAGUCCACAGCGAUCACGUCCGAGGCCGAUCAUCGUGAUCCAGCUCAGUCCUGCUCCAGCCCCCUCCCAGCGUGCAGCGCUCCAGCUGCCCCUGGCCAACGAUGGAGGCAGCCGCUCGUCAUCUUCAGAGAGCUCGCCUCAGCAUCACCCCUACCCCAGCCGCCCCCGACACAUGCUCACUCUGCCCACGCCGCCGUACGGCCUACAGAAGAGCCUCGAAAAUGUGGAGAUUGACCAGAAGCUGCAGGAGAUCAUGAAGCAGACGGGUUAUUUGAAGAUUGACGGACAGAGGUAUCCAGCAGAAGUAACAGACCUCAUCAGUGAGGGAGAGAUCGGCAGUGGGACUUGUGGACAGGUUUUCAAAGUCCGUUUCAAGAAGACGGGUCAUGUCAUAGCUGUGAAACAAAUGCGUCGUACAGGAAAUAAGGAUGAGAACAAGAGGAUCCUGAUGGACCUGGACGUGGUGCUGAAAAGUCAUGACUGUCCUUACAUCAUUCAGUGCUACGGUGCCAUAGUCACCAACACGGAUGUAUUCAUUGCGAUGGAGUURAUGGGGACAUGUGCAGAGAAGCUGAAGAAGAGAAUUCAGGGUCCUAUUCCAGAGAGAAUCCUUGGAAAGAUGACGGUUGCAAUAGUGAAAGCUUUGUUGUACCUGAAAGAGAAACACGGAGUCAUCCACCGGGACGUCAAACCCUCCAACAUCCUCAUCGAUGCUAAAGGUCAGAUCAAACUGUGCGACUUCGGCAUCAGCGGCCGCCUCGUCGACUCCAAGGCGAAGACUCGCAGUGCUGGCUGUGCUGCCUACAUGGCGCCUGAACGAAUAGAUCCUCCUGAUCCCACCAAACCUGACUACGACAUCAGAGCAGACGUGUGGAGCCUCGGCAUCUCACUGGUGGAGCUGGCCACAGGACAGUUUCCUUACAAGAACUGCAAGACGGACUUUGAAGUUCUGACCAAAGUGCUGCAGGAAGAUCCUCCUGUCCUGCCUGUCAGCAUGGGUUUCUCCCCUGACUUUCAGUCCUUCGUCAAAGAUUGCCUCACAAAGGAUCACAGAAAAAGGCCAAAAUACCAUCAGCUGCUGGAGCACAGUUUCAUCCGUCGUUACGAAGUGCUGGAGGUAGACGUUGCCGGUUGGUUUCAGACGGUGAUGGAUCGCACCGAGUCUCCCCGCAGCAGCCAGUGUUACAGCCAUCAGCACAUGCUCCACUCGCUCUUCAGUCGCCUGCGAGCUCCACAGCCCUAACCGUUCACGCCAAAGGUGACAACGACUCGAACUCUGCUCCUACAUUAGCAUCCAUUAUUCUCACCUGUGAUGAAGUCGCUCUAGCUAGUGGGGAAGAAUGUGUUUGUGUGUUUGUUUUUGCUGGGUGGGGGGUGUUGCUGUAUUAWAGCAGUGCUGGGUGUGUAUCAUGCUGUGCAGGGGGAGACUGGUGCUCUUACGACGGAAUGAGGCGAAUCGAUUCGUCUGCUCAGUCUGGUGCUCUCUGGGUUUUACCUGGUUAUGUUCAUUUACUGAACGCAGCAAGUUAUUUCAGAAUUUUAAGAUUUUCACUAAAACCUACACAACUUUUUAAAAUUACUUUAGAAACACUCCUACAAAACAUUCAGCUUUUUUGUCUUGAGAUUAAAAUUUGACUGUUCAGAUGUUGACUUAAAUGACAAACUGGAUCACUGUUAAAGUGAUGAAUCAAAAUGCUGACGAGCUCAGAGCCUUGGCUGAAAGUGAGCUAAUAAAACCAGCUUCAUCCUGAGCACUGCUCGUUUUGUUUCACGCUGCAGGCUCCUGAGCCGACGUGAUGUUUGGGUAAACGUUUGGCCCGACUGCGUUGUUGUGACUCCAGAUCCUGAGCUCAGCAGGGCUCUCCUGCCCUCCCGUAAACACACUUCUCUCUGUGACCCGCCGCUCACAGAGCUGGAUGUGGUGCUGCUGUUCUUCUGUAAUCUCUGUUCGCUCACUACAACGUCAAAGAGCCAGUCUCCCCUCACUUGUGUUAGUAAAAAAAAAUGUCUAUUUUACAGAAACACACACACCAAAUGUAUAAAUAAAUCCCACUGUACACAGUGAUGCUGGCUCCUGCCAACACAGGCUUUAUGUAUAAACAUGUAUAAAAGUAGCUGAUGGUGUUUACCUGUGCCGUGCCUCGGCGCUGAGUGUGUGUGUGCGUGCGUGUGUUGCCCAUUUGUAAGUAAACCAAAUAUCAUUUUCACUAUGCAGUCAUUCAAACCACGUCAGCUCGCUUCAGCAGGGAAGGAGCUUCCUGUGUACACACAGCUCCACAGAGAAACUGGAGAUAGUGAAGGUGCUUUCCUUUAUAAGCCCCGCCCCCACACACACACCUCCACCAUUAAUCUGCUUUCCGUUUGUCUCUAAAUUCAAACCUCAAAUCAUGUUGGAACGCGUGAACUGUCGAGUUCUCUUCAUCCGAACCGUACGCUGUAAAUAUCCAGAUCUUAGACUGGAACCUGGAAGUUGAAACCAGAGCCAACCCAGUUUUUUUUUUUUUUAUCACUUUAUUUUGUUUCCGUCGCUCGCUCCGUGUAAAUAAACAGGAACCAGAUUGUGCUGGUUUUAACUUUCAACAAGACGAGGCAAGAACUGGUUAUCUAGCAGGUAUCCUAUAAUGUAGUACUACAGUAUGUAUCAUUUAUUUAAUACGAUUCAAACUGACAGAAGUCAAAUAAUAAGCUUCUCUGUAUGCGCACGGCAGCCAUAUUAGAUUUUGAGGUCUUCUUCGGGGAGCGUCGCUCCAGUUUCCAGCUCCUGAGCAGAAACGCACCGCAGCACGAGUUCACUGACACGUGUUUUGAAUGAGCUGAUGAAUAUUUAAGGAUUGUAUGACUGGGGUUUGUUGUGUGUGUGCGCGCGUGUGUGUGUGUGAACGGGGGAUGCUGUAAAGUAUAUCAGUUGCAUGUUAUUGUCACGGCUGUAACCGCCAUCGUUUGGUUUUCUGUUCGACGAUGAGCGGUUUGGACGGGGAUGCACAGACUUUAUUCUUAUUAUUUAUGAUUUUUACACGUAUAUUACGUUUUUAUUUUGUAUUUGAGACGUUGUCGAUCUGUCGUGUACUUAGGAUGAGACACAUUUUUGCCUUUUUUUAUGUUCUGUGUCAGUAUGUUUUAUUUUUUAUUUUAUUUUGCAAUAUACUGUUUCACUUUUGACCCAUCACUUGUUGAUGAUCAGGAGGAGGAGAAGCUGUAUCUUUAAUAGCCGACAGUGUUUGUUUGUUUUUGUUUGUUAGAAAACACUUUGGUCAUCCUGUUUCUCCUCGUUCAUGCGCCAUACAUGUCGUGAGUGCGGAGAGAGGGUAACGUAUGUCAGUCUACCAAAAGUCUUUUAUCGACGUUGAUUAUAAUAAUUAUUAGCUUUUUAAUUUUGUUUAUUCUGUUUGUUUUUAUUAUGAUUGCAGUUUUAUUGUUGUUGUUAUUAUUCAGGGCGAUGAUGACACCAAAUUGAACAAAGAAACACGUGUGUGACGACACACACUCGUCUUUUUAAAGGUAAUUUUUACUGACGAGGUGGAGCGAUGCUUUAAUCCGCCCACCUCGUUUAAAACCG